AUGGAAAGUUCAGAAGAUUCCAGAUUGCCAUUAGAGAUCAAAACCAAACUAGCAGAGCUCGAAGUUGAACUUUCUGAAGGUGAUAUAACAGAAAAAGGAUACCAGAAAAAGAAGCAGAAGCUCCUAGCUCCGUUUAUCAACGCUCCGAUCAACUCAACUAAUUCAUCUAAUAACUCACAUAUUCCUUAUGGUGGAGUUUUACUUCCUGGACUUAAUGAAACGCAUCAUUUAGGCCCACGUGGCCAGGCUGUUGGUUGUGGUGAUAAUGUUACAGAGUCUUUCAGAAAUGAGCCCCAAAAUAAUUCUCCUAUUAAUGCUCAAAAUCGCAGAUACAUUCGUGAAAAUCAUCGAUAUCGAUCGGAUAUCCGAGAGGAGGCAGUGAAGGAGGCUCUAGUGCAAGCUCGGCAGGAACGUCAUGAUGCCUUGGCACCUAGUAAACGUCGUGACCCCAGUCGUUUGUCCUGUAUACAUCAAACUCCUGAACGUGAUGCAACAUAUUCUGAUGAUUCGGAUGAAGAUUUGUCGUCAACAUCUGCACACAUUACGCGUUUAGGGAACAAUUUUAAUCAGUCAUCGGGAUUAAGUGAAAUUCCAAGUUCAAGUGUACCGACCAAUGGUGUUUCCGACAGAAAUCAACUCAGAACAUCAACUACUGCUAUUACUGGUCAGAUACGCAAACAACAAUCUCCUGCUAAUCGAUAUGAUGAAGUGCCUUCUUUGGAUGAAAUUCGAUCCUGUCAACCGCCGAUUCGAUCUUCAAAUAGAAUAAAUCAAUCAGAUGUAAAUAGUCCAUGGACUUACACAAACCAGCCUUCUAAUCAACAAAAUGGUAAUUUAGAUGGAGCAUUGAAUACCGCUGAUUCGUUUGAACAGUUAGCUGCUCUUGCUGAAGCUCAGUUAAAUUCUAAUAAUUUAGGGAUGUACGAUUAUUCUGAUCCAUCAGUUAAUACUGUUUUUCAUCAAUCUCAAGUGAUUUCUACUGCUUAUCAACCCCAGUCUGGAAUCAAUUCAUGUCCAAUAUCCAUGACUCAGAAUGGUCAGCGAUCUCAUAUAUUUGGAAGUGUUAGUGUGCUCCCUAGUUUUUCUAGUGGUGUCAUAUCAAAUGGUAAUUCAGGACAUACAAAUCAUGAAUUCGUUCCUUCAUCAUCAGCGUAUGACUUACAAGGUCAACAAGAACAGUAUUCUCAGUCAAACCAGCCAGUUUCACUAGCAUCUUCGUCAUCUGCUGAUCUUGAUAAUAGUAAUAGUAGGAAGUUCUCAUCACCAGUAACAGGAGAGUCAGUUGGACAAGAUCCUUCCUCUGAUACCAGUCAAACGACAGGCUUUGUAUGUCAUAAUCGUGUAUCAGAAAAAAUUCAAAAAUUAGUCAACACUUUGAAACGUCCCAAACGAUAUCCAUUACCCGAAUAUUUUCUUGAUGAUGAAGACCAAGUACUUGUAAGACCUGUUGUUGAUCCUACGGCACCACGUCCCAGAGGUCUUCCGUCUGAGCCACUUAUAGGAGAAGAGCUAGUUAUACCUUCUGGUUUACCAAGAAAUCUAGAAUCUGCGCUUCAGCGUUACGCUAGCUUGAGUUGUAAAACACCUGCCUUAACUUGUUUGGACGUAUCUGGCAGACCAACUCAGGUGCUAACUUACGCAAAAUUGCUGCAACGUGCCAUCCGAAUAGCCUACACACUUUUGAAUAAAUUGGGUCAUCGUGGAGAACAGAGCUUAAAACCCGGAGACCGUGUCGCAUUGGUGUACGCUAAUAAUGAACCAAUCAGUUUUCUGUGUGCAUUUUAUGGUUGUAUUUUGGCCAGUGUGAUUCCAAUAGCAAUCGAAGUUCCAUCUCCUCGUCGAGAUGCGUCGUGUCAAAGUAUGGGAUUUUUAUUAGGUAGUCAGGAUGCACGUAUAGUUUUGGCUAGUGAGCAAUGUUAUAAAGCUUUACAACGUGGUCCUAACGGUGAGAUAUUAUCAUUUUCUGGUUGGCCACGUGUUACAUGGAUUAAUACAGACCAUCAUGCUAGUGGAACUAAACCACCGAAAGAUUGGACUCUUCCUGAUCGAUUAACAAAUGAUGCAACCAUGUACUUAGAAUAUACAUUUAGUAAAGAUGGCAGUGUACAUGGUGUAAUGAUAAGUCGACGUGCAGCUCUCUCUCACUGUCGAGCAUUAACUGUAGCUUGUAAUUAUUCUGAAGAGGAUGUUGUUGUCUGUGUUGUAGAUUGCCGCCGACAAAUUGGAUUAUGGCAUGCUGUUUUGACGAGCGUCUUCAAUGGGUUACAUGUAAUUUUUGUGCCUUAUUCAGUAAUGCAGAUUGAUCCUGGCUCUUGGUUACGUAUGGUUACCAAGUACCGAGCGACCGUUGCCAUUGUAAAAAGUCGUGAUAUGCAUUGGGCAUUAUUAGCUGAACGGGAUCAUCCCAAUGUAAAUUUAUCUUCAUUACGUAUGCUUCUAGUUGCAGAUGGAUCAAAUCCUUGGUCUUUAAACUCUUGUGAUUCUUUUACACAAAAAUUUCGAUCUCGAGGAUUUUGUCCUGAAGCUAUCUGUCCAUGUGCUGGAAGUUCAGAAACACUAACACUUUGUUUACGUCGUCCACCUCAUCAAAUGAAUUCAGUAAAUGGAAAAAUAUGUACAAAUCCUCGUUCUGAUUCAAUUGUAGCCUCUCCGCCUAGUUCAGUAAGAGGAGUUAUUUCGAUCCAUAGUCUUACUUAUGGUGUUGUGCGUGUUGAUACUGAAGAUUCACUUACUUCACUUACUUUACAGGAUUGUGGACAGGUUCUGCCAGGAGCUUCAGCAGUUGUCAUACGUUUGGGUCCCAAACCGAUACUUUGUCAAACUGAUGAAGUUGGUGAAAUAUGUUUAUCUUCUGAUUGUACUGGUUCUGGAUAUUGGGGUCUUCGUGGCCAAACUGAUGCACAUUUUCAUGUGGAACCGAUACAUGAAGAUGGUUCUCCUGUAUGUUCUUCUGCUGGUGUUAAGAAGUAUACACGAUCUGGAUUAAUGGGAUUUCCUGGUCCAGCAUCAUCUGGUGGUUUAAUCUUUAUAUCUGGUUGCAUUGAUGGUUUAAUGACUAUUGCAAGUAGACGUCACAAUGCUGAUGAUAUUAUAGCAACGGUUCUCGCUGUUCAACCGACAAAAAUUAUCUAUAGAGGAAGGAUUGCUGUUUUUUCAGUGGAUUUAUUGAAAGAUGAACGUCUUGUUAUUGUAGCUGAACUAAGACAAGGUUAUUCAGAUGAAGCUGCUUUCACAUGGAUGUCUCUUGUACUGCAAGCUGUUGAUAGUAUUCAUCAAGUUAGUGUUUAUUGUUUAGCUUUGGUCCAUCAAAAUACAUUGCCGAAAACACCUUUUGGUGGGAUAAAUUGUCAUUCUGUGAAAAGACUUUUUUCUGAAGGUCAUUUGCAUCCUACAGCAUUGUUGCUUUGUCCGCAUUCUGCUAUACAAAAUCUACCCCAACCUCGACAACUCAGACCUAGUUUGGUUGGACCAUCUGCUAUGAUGGUCGGUCAAGUUGUUCAAGGAGUUAGGCUUGCAGAGGCACGUGGAAGACCUUUAGGAUCAUCUCCAUCUUCUAAUAUAACUUCUGGUUCACCUGAUAGUGAAUUUCAACUGUUAACUGAGAUACUUAUUCACAGAGCGAAUCACACUCCAGACGACAGAUUAUUUACUGUUUAUAAUACUAAAGGACAAGAAGUUUCGACGCUUACUUGUAGUCAACUUUUACGUCGUUCAGAAAGAUUAGCAGUUCAGUUAAAAGAAAAAGGUAAAGCUCAAGUGGGAACAAUUGUUGCGUUACUAUAUCCUCCAGGCACUGAGCUUGUUUGUGCAUUUUACGCUUGUCUUCUAAUUGGUGCCAUUCCUGUACCGGUACGCCCGCCUCGAACAGAUUCUUCCGCUCCUGGUGGUGGUAGCUCUGUUAGUGCUACAAUUAGUUCUGGAUCAUCAUCCGGUAUAAGUUUAUUAGGUUUAGGAGGUGGUGGUGGUCAUAAUGGGAAUUCACGCUUUCCCAAUGUAUACUUUCGGCCGAACACUCCUAGUUUAGACACUUCAUUGGAUUUAAUUUGGAAUGUUGUAAAGCACUCAGGAGCAACAGUUAUUUUCACGCAAAACAAUUUGAUUAAACUAUUGAAAUCUAAGGAGGCUACUAAUCGUAUUCCGUUUAAUCAUUGGCCAAUAAUACUUGACUCUGAAGAAUACAAUAGACGGAAAUCGAAUUUCACAAUACAAGCACCUUGUUUAGAUCAACCAAUUGCUUAUUUGGAUUUUGCAGCGUCAACAACUGGUACACUGACUGGAAUUCGUGUAACGCAUCAAGUCGUUUAUGCGUUAUGUCGAGCUCAAAAAAUUCAGUGUGAAUUUUAUCCAACUCGUGAAGUUGUAUUGAGUCUUGAUCCAUAUUCUGGUCUUGGAUUCACUUUAUGGGCAUUAACAUCUGUUUACUGUGGACAUCAUUCAGUAUUGAUACCUCCAAGUGUUACAGAAAUAGUACCUGAUUUAUGGCUUACUAUAUGUAGUCAAAGAAAAGUUCGUGAUGCAUUUUGUUCACAUUACACUAUGGAAUUAGCUACACGUUACUUGACUAAACAAAUGUCUAUUUUAAAGCAACGUGAAAUAAGUUUAUCAAGUAUCCGAAGUUUAGUUGUUGUAGCUGAAGAACGUCCUCGGAUUCAUUUGACUUCCAUGUUCACUAAGUUGUUUUCCAGUCUGGGUUUAACAGGACGUGCUGUAAGCACUUCAUUCGGUUGUCGAGUUAAUUUAGCAAUUUCUUUACAGGGUGCUAGUUCACCAGAAAGCACAACUGUUUAUGUAGAUCGUGUCAGCUUACGAAAUGAUCGUGUUAAAUUACUAGAAAAAGGAUCACCACAUAGUCUGUGUCUUAUGGAAUCUGGAAAAUUAUUACCUGGUGUACAUGUAGUAAUAGCUAAUCCUGAUACACUAGGUCAAUGUGCUGAUUCACAAUUAGGCGAAAUAUGGGUAUCAUCUCCCCACAAUUCUACUGAACUAUUAGGUCCAUUCGAUAGUGCUAGUUUAAAUCGUCCUACUGGUGUUGCUUCGCAACCUGUACCAGGAAUAAAUGCUGGUGAUUCUUUACAUGCUCGUUUAGUUACUGGUGAUACUGAAAGAGUUUAUGCACGUACUGGAUUUUUAGGUUUUGUUCGACGGACCGAAUUAACUCAAUCUGAUGGAGAACUACAUGAUGCCAUAUUUGUCGUAGGCAGUUUAGAGGAAACCAUUUUACUACGUGGAAUGCGCUUUCAUCCAAUCGAUAUUGAGAAUACUGUGAUGCGUUCACACAAGAAAAUAUGUGAAUGUGCUGUAUUUAGUUGGUCGAAUUUAUUGGUUGUAGUCGCUGAACUAGCUGGUGAAGAGAACGAAGCAAUGGAUCUUGUUCAUCCAAUCACAGCACAUGUAUUAACUGAACAUCAAAUGAUUGUUGGUGUUGUUGUAAUAGUGGAUCCUAGAACAGUACCAAUUAAUCCAUCUGGUGAAAAACAACGAAUUCUAUUAAGAGAUAGUUUUGUUAAUGACAAAUUGGAUCCGAUCUAUGUUUCAUAUAAUAUGUAA